UCAAAAGUUGUUAGACUGUGGGAAGAAACAAUUCACUUCUCUGGAAUCAGCACUCAUCUUCAGUGUGAGAGUAUAAAAAGGAGGUCCAGCUAACAUGGGGUUCACAGUCCAGCACGCUCAGGCAGCACGAGGAGAGAAGAAGAAGAAUUUGAAGAGGAGGAAAUCGCUGCAAAACUAAAUCUCAAAAUGAAAACUGCAAUCUUCUGCUUGGUUUUCCUGGCCUGCACUUCCAUUUGCUUUUCAACACCUAUAUUGGAUUGCCGGUGCUUUGGUUACCACAAGAACGUACGAGUUAAACGCAUUGCUGAUGUCGAAGUUCUUGAACCUAAUCCAUACUGCAGUAAAAAAGAAGUCAUUGUCAAGCUGACAACCGGCGGCUCACUUUGUCUCAACCCCUCAUCAGAGUUCACCAAACUCGUCCUGAAAGUCAUACAAAUGUCAGCAUUUGGUAAGAAGAACACGGCUGGCCAAACAGCAACCCCUGCGUCCUCCACAGAAAAGCCAACAGCUUCAUAUUAAACUGUUCUUAUUAACGAUCCAAUGGAAGUGAGGUAUAUCUGUUAAUAAGAAGACACAUGCGCACAACUUCAAAAGUAAGAGUCACUAAAGUACAUAGUUACAAAAACUUAAAGAAUUCAUUUUUCUAUAUAUACUUUUUUUUAUAAGCAAAACUGGCAGCUGUAUGUAAAAAAUGUGAAAUAGCAUAAAACGCUGUCUUAACAUGCGGUCAAUGUUUCACAGUGAUGGAAUACAAUGUUUUUAAAUCUAAACACAUUGUAACAUAUUUAAUUUUAAUUGUGUUUCUUUUGAUUGAUUCUUUUCUAUGGAAGAUGAUUGAAAUGGGAUUUGAUGUGAUCUUGGAUUUUGGUGGUUUUCAUUUAAAAGCAUUCCGAUAACAAACACAUCUGUACCAACUUGCACAUAUGUGUAUCUAACUGUAUUUUUGUCUUGUUGAUUUCAUUUUAUUCUAAUAAUGAUCUCAGAUAUAUUAUAAGAAUAAAUGUGGCAUCAUAAAAAAAAAAUGAA